GUCUCUUUAAGGGAGCUCGGUCUGGGGUGGCGCUUUCCUCCGCGAAGGCUCCUUUGAUAUUAAUAGUGUUGGUGUCUUGAAACUGACGUAAUGCGCGGAGACUGAGGUCCUGACAAGCGAUAACAUUUCUGAUAAAGACCCGAUCUCACUGCAAUCUCAAGCGUCCUCUUUUUGGUGCUGCUCGUUUCUCCAGACCCCGCGUCCUCUCGAUCGCUCUCUCGCCUUCCUAUUUUUUUUUUUUUUAAACAAAAAACAACACCCCCUCCCCUCUCCCACCCGGCACCGGGCACAUCCUUGCUCUAUUUCCUUUCUCUUUCUCUCUCUCACUCUCUCUCUCUCUCUCUCUUUUUAUAAAGGGGGGCAGGGAAGGGAAAGGGGGGGAGGCAGGAAAGACCUUUUUCUCUCCCCCCUCCCCCCCAAUAAUCCAAGAUCAACUCUGCAAACAACAGAAGACGGUUCAUGGCUCUGGCCGCCGCGCCACCAUCUUUCGGGCUGCCGAGGGUGUUCUUGACGAUUAAUCAACAGAUGUACAGAUCAGCUCUCAAAAUGUCUUCUGUGUCUUCCGAGCGUCUUCUAAGACAAUUGCAUUAGCCUCCUGCUAGUUGACUAAUAGAAUUAAUAAUUGUAAAAAGCACUCUAAAGCCACAUGCCUUAUGAAGUCAAUGCUGGGUAUGAUUUUACAAAUAUGGUCCGGAAAAAGAACCCCCCUCUGAGAAACGUUGCUAGUGAAGGCGAGGGCCAGAGCCUGGAGCCUAUAGGUACAGAAAGCAAGGUAUCUGGAAAGAACAAAGAAUUUUCUGCAGAUCAGAUGUCAGAAAAUACGGAUCAGAGUGAUGCUGCAGAACUGAAUAACAAGGAGGAACAUAGCUCUCAUGGCCAAGAUCCAUCCUCUAGCAGCAAGAAGGGCUUGAAAAGCUCAGUCCUGAGCGAGAAGGCUGGCUUCAAUUAUGAAAGCCCCAGCAAAGGAGGAAACCUUCCCUCGCAUCCACAUGAUGAGGUGACAGAUAGAAAUAUGUUGGCUUUCUCAUCUCCAGCUGCUGGGGGAGUCUGUGAGCCCUUGAAGUCUCCUCAGAGAGCGGAGGCAGAUGACCCUCAAGAUAUGGCCUGCACCCCAUCAGGGGACUCGUUGGAGACAAAGGAAGAUCAUAAGAUGUCACCAAAGGCUACCGAGGAAACAGGGCAAGCGCAGAGUGGUCAAGCCAAUUGUCAAGGCUCAAGCCCAGUUUCAGUGGCCUCCAAAAACCCACAAGUGCCUUCAGAUGGGGGUGUAAGACUGAAUAAAUCCAAAACUGACUUACUGGUAAAUGACAUCCCAGACCCGGCACCUCUGUCUCCAGAGCUUCAGGACUUUAAAUGCAAUAUCUGUGGAUAUGGUUACUAUGGCAAUGACCCCACAGAUCUGAUUAAGCACUUCCGAAAGUAUCACUUAGGACUGCAUAACCGCACCAGGCAGGAUGCUGAGCUGGACAGCAAAAUCUUGGCCCUUCAUAACAUGGUGCAGUUCAGCCAUUCCAAAGACUUCCAGAAGGUCAACCGUUCCGUGCUCUCUGGUGUGCUGCAGGACAUCAAUUCUUCAAGGCCUGUUUUACUAAAUGGGACCUAUGAUGUGCAGGUCACUUCGGGUGGAACAUUCAUUGGCAUUGGACGGAAAACACCAGAUUGCCAGGGAAACACCAAGUACUUCCGCUGUAAAUUCUGCAAUUUCACUUACAUGGGCAACUCCUCAACUGAACUAGAACAACAUUUUCUUCAGACUCACCCGAACAAAAUCAAAGCUUCUCUCCCCUCCUCUGAGGGUGCAAAACCUUCAGAGAAAAACUCUAACAAAUCCAUCCCUGCACUUCGAUCCAGUGAUUCUGGAGACUUGGGAAAGUGGCAGGACAAGAUCACGGUCAAGACGGGAGAUGACACUCCUGUUGGCUACUCAGUGCCCAUCAAGCCCCUCGAUUCCUCGAGACAAAAUGGUACAGAGGCCACCAGUUACUACUGGUGUAAAUUUUGUAGUUUCAGCUGUGAGUCAUCUAGCUCACUUAAAUUGCUAGAACAUUAUGGCAAACAGCACGGAGGAGCGCAGUCAGGCGGCCUUAAUCCAGAGUUGAAUGAUAAGCUUUCCAGGGGCUCUGUCAUUAACCAGAAUGAUCUAGGCAAAAGUGCAGAAGGGGAGCCGAUGGCCAAGGCAGACAAGGGCUCUAGUGGGGCUAAAAAGAAGGACUUCUCCAGCAAGGGAGCAGAGGAUAAUAUGGUAACGAGCUAUAAUUGUCAGUUCUGUGAUUUUAGAUACUCCAAAAGCCACGGCCCCGACGUCAUUGUAGUGGGGCCGCUCCUCCGUCACUAUCAGCAGCUCCAUAACAUUCAUAAAUGUACCAUUAAACACUGUCCCUUCUGUCCCAGAGGCCUUUGCAGCCCAGAAAAGCACCUUGGAGAAAUUACUUACCCGUUUGCUUGUCGAAAAAGUAAUUGUUCCCACUGUGCACUCUUGCUUUUGCACUUGUCUCCGGGGGCAGCCGGAAGCUCGCGAGUCAAACACCAGUGCCACCAGUGCUCCUUCUCCACCCCCGACGUGGAUGUGCUCCUUUUCCACUACGAGAGCUCCCACGAGUCCCAAGCAUCGGAGGUCAAACAGGAAGCCAAUCACCUGCAAGGAUCGGACGGGCAGCCGGCUGUCAAGGAAAGCAAGGAACACUCGUGUACCAAAUGUGAUUUCAUCACCCAGGUGGAAGAAGAGAUUUCCCGACACUACAGGAGAGCCCACAGCUGCUACAAAUGCCGUCAGUGCAGCUUUACGGCUGCUGAUACUCAGUCACUACUGGAGCACUUCAACACUGUUCACUGCCACGAACAGGACAUCACUACAGCCAAUGGCGAAGAGGACGGUCAUGCUGUGUCCACCAUCAAGGAGGAGCCCAAAAUCGACCUCAAGGUCUAUAGUCUGCUCAAUCCAGACUCUAAAAUGGGAGAGCCAGUUUCUGAGAGUGUGGUGAAGAGGGAGAAGGUGGAAGAUAAGGAUGGGCUGAAGGAUAAAGUUUGGACCGAGAGUUCAAGUGAUGACCUUCGAAACAUGACUUGGAGAGGGGCAGAUAUCCUGCGAGGCAGCCCAUCCUACACUCAGGCAAGCCUGGGGCUUCUGACGCCUGUGUCCGGCCCCCAAGAGCAGACCAAGACUCUACGGGAUAGCCCCAAUGUUGAAGCUGCCCAUCUGGCACGACCUAUUUAUGGCUUGGCUGUGGAGACCAAGGGAUUCCUGCAGGGGGUGCCAGCUGGUGGAGAGAAGUCUGGGACCCUCACCCAGCAGUAUCCUGCGUCGGGAGAAAACAAGUCCAAGGACGAAUCCCAGUCCCUGUUACGGAGGCGUAGAGGCUCGGGUGUUUUUUGUGCCAAUUGCUUGACCACAAAGACCUCUCUCUGGCGAAAGAAUGCAAAUGGUGGAUAUGUAUGCAACGCGUGUGGCCUCUACCAGAAGCUUCACUCGACUCCCAGGCCUUUAAACAUCAUUAAACAAAACAACGGUGAGCAGAUUAUUAGGAGAAGGACAAGAAAGCGCCUUAACCCAGAGGCACUGCAGGCUGAGCAGCUCAACAAACAGCAGAGGGGCGGCAGCGAGGAGCAGGUCAACGGAAGCCCCUUAGAGAGGAGGUCGGAAGACCAUUUAACCGAAGGUCACCAGAGAGAAAUUCCGCUCCCUAGCCUGAGUAAAUACGAAGCCCAGGGUUCAUUGACUAAAAGCCAUUCUGCUCAGCAGCCGGUCCUGGUCAGCCAAACUCUGGAUAUUCACAAAAGGAUGCAACCUUUGCACAUUCAGAUAAAAAGUCCUCAGGAAAGUACUGGAGACCCAGGAAACAGUUCAUCCGUGUCAGAAGGGAAAGGAAGUUCUGAGAGAGGCAGUCCCAUAGAAAAGUACAUGAGACCUGCAAAACACCCAAAUUAUUCACCACCAGGCAGCCCUAUUGAAAAGUACCAGUACCCCCUUUUCGGACUUCCGUUUGUACAUAAUGACUUCCAGAGUGAAGCUGAUUGGCUGCGGUUCUGGAGUAAAUAUAAGCUCUCCGUUCCUGGGAAUCCGCACUACUUGAGUCACGUGCCUGGCCUACCAAAUCCUUGCCAAAACUAUGUGCCUUAUCCCACCUUCAAUCUGCCUCCUCAUUUUUCAGCUGUUGGAUCAGACAAUGACAUUCCUCUAGAUUUGGCGAUCAAGCAUUCCAGACCUGGGCCAACUGCAAACGGUGCCUCCAAGGAGAAAACGAAGGCACCGUCCAAUGUAAAAAGUGAAGGUCCCUUGAAUGUAGUAAAAACAGAGAAAGUUGAUAGAAGUACUCAAGAUGAACUGUCCACAAAAUGUGUGCACUGUGGCAUUGUCUUUCUGGAUGAAGUGAUGUAUGCUUUGCAUAUGAGUUGCCAUGGUGACAGUGGCCCUUUCCAGUGCAGCAUAUGCCAGCAUCUUUGCACGGACAAAUACGACUUCACAACUCAUAUCCAGAGGGGCCUGCAUAGGAACAAUGCACAAGCGGAAAAAAAUGGAAAACCUAAAGAGUAAAACCUUAGCACUUAGCACAAUUAAAUAGAAAUAGGUUUUCUUGAUGGGAAUUCAAUAGCUUGUAAUGUCUUAUGAAGACCUAUUAAAAAAAUACUUCAUAGAGCCUGCCUUAUCCAACAUGAAAUUCCCUUCUUUUAUUCUUUCUUUUGAUGAGUAGGUUACCGAGGUUAAAAAGUGAGACAAAUGGUCAGUGAGAAGAAAAAACAAUGGAAGAUGGUAAAUAGUCAUGUUUUAGAACCUGGUUACGUCAAAAAAACCAUCUUGGCAAAUGGGUACUGUGGAAACGGUCCAUAAGAAGUAUCACCUGACUCUCAUGAUUAUGUUUGUCGAGAUGGAGAUCAAACCUAUCUAGAAUUUUGAAAGGGUUUACAUAUUAUGAUCCUAAUGCAGUAUUGGGCUGGCCAUGGGUCCAUUUGUUCACAAACCCGGACGUUGUUGCCUAAAUUUAGAAGUAUCACGAAAUCCUAGGCAGAUGAGGAGAAAUCUACUCCCCAGGGCCACGAAAGGAAAAUGGCGCCUCUUCCAGCAGUCUCCUCUCAUUGACCAUGUUUCCGACCUAGACCUAGAAAUGCGAGCCGUGGUUAGGCUUGGUGAGAGAGCAGCAGGGAAGGUGACAGCCGACGGCACGGGGAUUUUGGCCGGCCCUGCCUGUACAUACACAUGCACACCCUCUCUGAUAUUUUUGUCCUUUAGAUGUUCAGACUCCUUUCAAAAGUAGUCCUUUUGUCGGCAAUUUAGGUUCAUUUUGUCCAAAUAUAUAUGCAUCUUUACAAAACAGUGUCCUCAGUGCUUACGUAGUCUUUUUUUUAUUUUUUUUUUAAAGCCAGAUGUUUCUUUCUCGUAUGUGAUAAAGCGGUCUGGAUUUGUUUUUUAAGCCUCCUCUUGGUCACCAAUCUCACUUGGCACGUUUUAUAACUAAAGGGACCCCCCCCCCCGCCUCAGUUCAAAAAGAUUAGAUGGAUACAAAAGUUCAGACCAUGGGCUGAAUUUGUUUAGAGUACAUGGUAUUUCUCUACAAGGUAACCUGCUGUAUUAUUUAUUUUCUUUUGGUUAAAUAGAAGUUCCAAACUUUGUGGCCAGGCAGCGUCUAAGGUUACGUUACCACAGACUGACAGUUGGUAUAUGUACCAGUCAUUCCCUUCAUUAGAUUUAUACAGGUUUAGUUAAGUAGCAUUAAAUAGGAUUCUUAGAAGUCUAUCUUCAUAGUACUUUUAAUACUUAAGGCUUUGUAAAACUAUCCAUGAAGGGAAAGCUCCUCAGCAUAACUGCUCAGGGAAAUAGGGCUACAUAACUGAACAUUAAGUAAUUGGUUAAAGGUGCUGUUAGUCGAGCCUCAAUGCUUGCUACAAGGAUGUAUGUACAAGGACUGACUUUAAUAAUUUGCAUUAUAUUGUCCCAACCAGUAGUUUAUUUUUUGCCACGGAGAUGUAGAAGAUAUUACAAGCUACUGGAUGCACUGUCAGAUUAACUUAUUUCAUUAAAGAAGUUGGGAAAACAAAUAGGAAAAAAAAAAAACUUAUUUUUCUAGUAAAUAUUAAUGUAUUACAUUUCAAAUAAUGGUGCCUGACAUAUUGAAUAAUUAUUUUCUACAGUGUACGUAUGCAACAAAGAUACUCCAUCAUGCAUUAGAGUCUGUUCUGGCUCUGCCUAGCUGUUUACAUUUGCAAAUGUAGCAAACAAGGUAAUGAAGCAACUAUUUCUAUUGCGGUAGAUACCUUUUUUGUGUGUGUGUGUGUGCAUUAAAGUUGUAAACGGUAACAUGAAACAAAUGGAAGUUCUUGAUAUAAUGGUAUGGAAAACAAGAAGGAAAUGAAAAUAUUUUUAUGCCUACUUAGGAAAAAAAAGGGUAGCACUAUUCAUUCCAAGUACUUUUUUUUUUUAAUUUUUAAGCUCUUAACUCACAUUGUUAUGCUUAAAAUGAUAAACAUAUAUCCUCUUUUUAUUGCUUUUGUCUAUGUUUCGGAUGAAACAUUUCAGAAAUUAUUUUGAUAAGCGCUGCUGGCCCCCGCAGCCCUGGUGUUUUUAUUGCGUUCUGUAGCCGUGUUUGCACUCAGUUUUACAGAAUUCCCAGUUGCUUUGUAUUGUUUUGUUGUGUUUGGGUUUUGUUUCUUUUUCCCAGUGCCAGGUCUUUGUUCCUUCAAGUUGGAUGGCAGGUAGAGUUCAAGCAGUUUGUGACUGUCGUAGUGAAUGAAGUUAAAAAUGUCUUUCUGAUGUGUUGUCAUUUCCAUUCUUGCAUUUUUGUUUUCAUGUUAAAAACAAAAACAAAACAAAACAAAAAAAACAAAAAACAAAACAAAACAAAAAAAAAGGGAGAGAAAGAGAAGAAAAAGAAAUCAGGACUAAGCCUUCAGCUUCAUUUUCAUUUUGAAAGGACCCUAGUCUCAUCUCACCUGUCUAGCUCUACUCUUCACAUAAGCUGAAAUCAAGAGGUGGAGAGAGGACCUCUGACAUGCAAAUUAUGUGAUGCUGAUUUAUCUUUCUUAGGAAUGUCAGUGAAUGCAUCUCAGGAUGUACAGGCAGACUUGAGAGGUGGCCAUUAAAGAUCUCAGAAACAGAGGAGAUGUCCCAAACAACAAAACAAUAUUUCAUUUUCUUAGUAAAAAGACUAGUAACAAGGUGCACUGUGGCAACCCUUAAGCAACAUUUUACAUGGACUGCUCAAAUCAGCAAAAUGCCAGAAGUUUGGUGAACUUGGGCAAUAUUACAGGUAUGACUCUUUGGGCAAAACUACUCCAUAAACAAUUUCUCCAGUGUGUCAGACACAAAUAGGUUGUUCAUUUUUGGCAUGUAUUCCUUUUUCUUUUUCUUUUUUUUUUUUUAAAUCUGAUUUUUGUUUUCUCAGACAUAGUAGUAAUGAUUAGCAUUGGAAAAUACAUAUCACUAUUCUUGGAAUAUUUAUGGUCAGUCUACUUUCAGUAGAAUAUUCUUGGAUAGCAUUGACAUGAUAGAUCUUAUUCCAUAUUCCUUUAUUAUUGAUUAUUUUAUUUUCAUUUUUGUUUUCAUUGUUAUACAUAUUUUGAUGGAGAAGAGGUUGGGCUUUUUUUUAAAAAAUGAAAAUUUAUUGUAACACUAAAAUACCCCUUAUUUUUGGACCUUUGAAAAGCCUUUGUUCCAUCUCUCAAAAUACAUUAUAAAAAUGGUUAGUUGUUAUUUUUAUUUGGUUUUAAGGUUUCCGAAUGAUUUUACCUUAAAUUGUGAUUUUAAAUGAGCUAUUUAGGUACUUAUUCUUUUUUUUUAAGGACUUUGGAGAUGAUUUAGGAAUUUUUCCCUCUUGGAAAAGGCUUCCCUAUGAUGAAAACUAUAUGCCAGCUAAAAUUGUAUGCCAUUGAAAAACUGUCAGUCUUCUGAAAUUACUUGUUUCUAUUCUGAAUCAAGCUUUGAGUCAAACUUUAGGUCAGGACCAGCUCAUGCAUUCAUUCUGCCUUUUCUUACUCUUUCUUUCUCCCUCUCUCACUCAUAUAAUAAUACUGUUGUUUGGGAUAGAAAAAAUCAUAACAAGCCAGCCCACCUUGGAAGGAUGUGGAUUGAGAGACACUACAGGACUCUUAGGGAAUGAGAAAAGGAUGGAGCUCUAACCCUUAACGUGUUCACUCUGUAGUUCAAAAGGAAAAGAGUGUGCCCAUUCUUCCUACAUGACAUAUUGAGAUGUUCUUUUUAAAAAAAAUCAACUUUUAAGAUAGUGAUGUUUUGUUCUAAACUGUUCUCUUUUAGUAAAAGUAGAUUUUAGAAAACAAGCAUGGGGAUUCUUUUCUAAGGUAAUAUUAAUGAGAAGAAGAAAAAAAAAGUGAUUAUCUUUAACAGCUCUUUGUUGAAGCCUGUGGUAGCACAUUACAUUUAUGAUUGCACAUGUGCACAUAAUCUAUUAUGAUCCAAUGCAAAUACAGCUCCAAAAAUAUUAAAUGUAUAUAUAUUUUAAAAUGCCUGAGGAUAUACAUUUUUUUCUUAAUAAAUUGAAGAGUACCAAUACUAUUGCUACUAAAAUAAUUAUUAGCCUUCUGCUGUGUGGCUGCAAAACAUCACCAAGGUGACCCAUCUUGAGAUCUCUGAACUGCUGCCUAUUGAGUUAGUGAACAUUAACGCAAUUCCAGAGUGGGGAUAUCUGUCAUCCAGUGGUAGAAGCAUGGAGGAAAGAAGCUGGUGCUCAGCUCCUGCACUGUAUGCCAGCCUUUUGCCUAACGUUUACAUGAGCUCACAGUCUUUGGGUUGAGGGUCAUGGGAAAAAUAUAAAAUAAAAUAAAAUCGAAGGCGUCUUUGUUAAGCCAGUAGGUUAGAGCUUGCUGGCCAUCCCUAGAUCACAGGAGAAAAUGGUGGGCUUGAAAAUCAACCAGAAUAUGAAACUAAAUAUGCUAACCAAAAGUAGGUACUAUUAGGAGGAAUCCCAUCAGUAGGCAGCUGUAAAUGAGAAGAGGGUAGGAGGACAUGCAUUGGGACUUGGAAGGGCUGUGUUACUUUCCCAAAGAAAUAUCCGGCCAAGGACAGAGGGAUGGCUUCUUUGGAGAACACUUCCUUUCAGUUUUCCAUUACUGUUUCAUAGACAGCUGAGUCAUGCAUUCUUGAUAUUUAGAAAUUGUCCACAACUACUGGCAGUAAUUAGGACCUCUGGAAGAUGCUAGGGCAGAAAUGGGUGAAGUCAGGGAUGAAGAAAAUGUGAAAUUCAACGUUGAUCCCACACAUGGAAACUGGACAAUGUAUGCUCAUGUGUUGUUGGCCUUGAAAGGAAAGGUAGAGCUGUAAGCUUCACUCUGUCCUACACCAGAGAAAAGCAAGAGUAACUUUCUGUGGAAGUAACAUUUUUAGCCUUCAUCAGAGAAGAUGGUCCUUCAAGACCCAUAAGUCCCAAAACUGGAUCCUGAUUCUACCCCCGGUUGUUGAUUUCAUUUUAUGACCUGCAGUAAAUCACUUUUUCUUUUCGUUCCUCAGGUUCCUCACCUGUAAAAUGGAAAAAAUAUAUUAAUAAUAAUAAUAUUAAUAAUAAUAAUAAUGAUAAUGUAGUACUUGUUUUGUAAAGCACUUUGAGAUCCUUGGUUGAAAGGCACCAUGGGAGUGCCAAGUAUUAUAAUAUGGCCAAGGGGCUUAUUUAAACUCUCAGUUCCCAAGGGCCAUGAAAGGUUGGGGUCAUUUUUGUUAAACAUGAGCUGUAAAUAUCAUACUAGACAGCCUGUAGUGUUGACUAUGAAGAGGCAAAACUAUUACAAGGCUGAUAAAACAAUAGUUUCUUAAUGGCUACCAACAAGGCAAAUAUCACAAUAAGAAAUGCCAAAUUUCUUAGGGUGGACUAUUGACAACGUGGAUAAUUGUGGGGUGGGGUGGGGUUGGGAAACAUCUCAAAAUGCCAAUGUAAAAUUAACUUACAGCAAUAUUCACCAGCAGAAAAUGUCUUUCAUAUGGAAUGAUUUCAUGUUGCUAAAGAAAAAAUUCAAUUUGUAGUCCUGAUUUGAAUAUUAGAAUGUUGGCUAUAAUAGUUCUGUUCUUACAACACAUGGAAUUUUUUUUUGUUUUAUUUAAUUUUGUUUUUCAUAGUGCAUGUUCAUUUCUACUCACAAACAUGUUCUUGGUGUAUUUCUUAUGCAAACAAUCUUCAGGCAGCAAAGAUGUCUGUUACAUCUAAACUUGAAUAAUAAAGUUUUACCACCAGUUAUACAUAA